AUGUCUUCCAUUCGAAAGCCUUACUUCGCAAGAAUCUCUUUAGCACUGUCAAUCCUCUCUGUUGUCCUCUCCAUCUUUGAUCUCAGUUACAAAAUAGGAGCCGAUAAUGCUGGUUUCCGAUGGAAGUGGAAGCCUGUACCUUGGUUCUACUAUCGAUCACGCGGCUACAGAAGAAUCUUCGGAAGUUUCACAGAUACGGUCUUAUUGUUCUGUGUUGUUGCUCAGUUAAUAGUGUCGACCAUUAAUUGUGUUUUUAUCGGAAAAGGACAGGACGGUCCCAUCAAAGUAUCUGUGUGGCCUCUCUUCUUUGCUAUUGCUGCGGUAAUCUCUAAGUUCAUGGAGAAGCCGGCCAUUUCGAAGGACAGUGGCUCCAACAAAGAUGUAUUGGUUUAA